AUGUUCUUCUUCAGAGCCCUUCGUAUCAUCAAAGACGCCAUCUUCGCUCGCAAUCUCCCCUUACACACCCGCUUCCACCUUCUCCUCCUCCAACCCACCAUCCUACUCACAUACACUAUCGAAUGGACCAUCUCACGCAAAUUCCCUCACUCUGAAGAAAUCCUUAUCCCAUUGAAAAGAGCUCCCGGUCAGUCCGUCCGAGCAAUCAUCUACAUCCCCAAAUCCGCUGCUUUGGCCCUACCUGGGAAGAAAGUCCCGCUACAUCUAAAUAUCCACGGCGGCGCAUUCCUGGGUGGGCUACCAGAAGGAAGCGCGCGCUUCUGUGCUGAGCUUGCGGAGAAGUCAGGUGCAGUUGUUGUGUCGACGGCGUACCGUUAUGCGCCGGUGCACACCUUUCCAGAUGCGCAUGAGGAUGUGCAGGAUGUCGUGGAGUAUUUGACGCAAAACGCCGAACGGCUUUGGAAUGCGGAUGCUCGCAUUUUCACUGUUAGUGGGUUUUCUGUCGGUGGCAAUCUGGCACUUGCGGUUGCGCAGGGAUUGGCCGGGACGGAGUUUGAGGUUAAGGGGUUCGACGACGUUGACUUCCGCCUCCCACCCUGGCUCAAACCAAAACCGCCUGGCUACCCAGAAAAGGACCCGUUGGCAUUCUUACAGCCGCUUUUCGAUGCAUAUGCUGGACCCAACCGGAAUAUGCUCUUCAUUAUUGGAGGUGUGGAUAUCCUGCGGAACGAGACGACGACUAUGACGGAAAGAUUACAGGCAGAAGCUGAGGCAAUCAAUCAGUCAAGACAAGUAUCCAAGACGACCGAGAGGCCUGACGGAACGGCCGUUGUCGUGCGGACAGAUGUUUAUGAGGGGCAGAUUCAUGGGUGGUUGGAGAUGCCGUCUUUCGCUAUUGAUGUUAAUACCCGAACGAAGGCAUUUGACGAUGCAAUUAAGUUUCUACGGCAUGUUCAUCAGGCGUACGGGUUCGAGAAUGAAUGA